AUGGCCCUCAUACAGGCUCUCCGUCGGUCCAUCAAGGGCGAUAAGGAAAAGCAGAACCACGUCUCAAUAGGAAAUAAGUCUGCCGUCGCCAUUAUCCCACCCAAAAAGGUGAUUCGAGCGUUGUACGACUAUGAAGCCCAGUCAUCGCAAGAGUUGAGCUUUUCCAAAGGCGAUUUUUUCCACGUUAUUGGGCGCGAGAACGACCAAGACUGGUAUGAGGCAUGCAAUCCUGCCCUGCCUGAUGCCCGAGGCCUUGUCCCGGUCGCCUUCUUCCAAGCCUUGGGCCGUACCGAGCGAGACAGCGCCCAGUCAGACAAUGGCAGGCCGCCUACCGCAAAGAGUCCCGACCAUGACUCUGGUUACAGCGAGAAUGCCCCGCAUCCCAUCACUGCUGCCGCACCAAUCACCCACCGUAGUACCAAGUCUACCGAUAUUGACAACAAAAUCUUCGCCACUGUCAUGUAUGAUUUCGAGGCCCAGCGGCCAGACGAGUUGGGCGCUACCAAGAAUGAGCAAAUCAUCAUCAUUGCCCAGUCCACCCCGGAGUGGUUUGUUGCCAAACCCAUUGCAAGAUUGGGCGGUCCUGGCUUGAUACCCGUCUCAUUUGUCGAGAUCCGCUAUGUCAGGACAAAAGAGGUCGUCCCAAACGCAGUGGAAGCCGUCAAGAGGGCUGGAGUUCCGAGCGUGGAGGAGUGGAAGCGGAUGGCCGCAAAUUAUAAGAACAGCAGCAUCACUCUGGGUAAGUUUGAGGCUGGCGCAGGCGCAGGCGUUCAGCAGGCUGUUGAGCAGGGUAUGGAGCGCUUGAGCCUCCAAGCAGGGAGACCGAGUACGCAAAACGGAUCACAGCACCAUGCUGCGCAACAGAGUGCCUCUCAGCCCCAACAAUACGCUCCCGACCAUGAACAAUUUGAACUUCCCGCGCCGACCAAAGCCUGGAUCCCUCGAUACUGCUUUGCCGAAGACAAAUAUUGGUUUGUUAUCGUGGCUGUUCUUCAAGAUGGCAGGUACUGGGAGCUCUCGCGAUACUACGAAGAUUUUUACGACUUCCAGAUUGCCCUUCUCACACAAUUUCCCGCAGAGGCUGGUAAUGGCGGUUCAAAGAGAACCCUGCCAUAUAUGCCAGGCCCUGUCAGUUAUGUCACCGAUGCAAUCACUGAGGGACGACUACACAAUCUCGAUGCCUACGUCAAAAAUCUUCUCGGGCAGCCGCAAUACAUUUCGCAUUGCAACCUAGUGAAGCGGUUCUUUGCUCCCCGUGAGGGAGAUUAUGAGGUUGACGCAACAUAUGUCGAAGAGGAAUUGCGACUUUCAGAGGGCUCACAACAGCCCCCCGAAUCUCCUGGAAACGGCGGUCCUCGAACCAACCUGAAUGAAAAUAGCUAUCCAGGACCCUCCGCUGCUUCUCGACAAUUGAGUAACUCGCAACAGGGUACGGGCCCUCAGCCACAAGGUCAACAAAAGCCACCUUCCGUGAUGAAAGUCAAGAUGUAUUACCAGGGCGAAUAUAAGAAUCUCCUCGUACCACCCGAAGUUGACUACCAACAGCUGUGUGGCCGGGUACGGGAUCGAUUCAACCUCAGCGCGGAUAAUCAAUUGCAACUAUUCUAUAAAGACGACUCAUCGGGGAAAAAGCUCAGUUUAACGAACAACAAUGAUCUCGACUUCGCGCUUCAGCGGCGCGAGAAGCUCGUCCUCUUUGUCGAAGUUCUAUGA